AUCCCAUUCGGCCCUAUUCCCAUCAGGCCCUACUACUACCACUACUACUCACCACCGCCGAACCUACCCUCCGCUACCAAUCCAUUUACUCCUGAACUCGCCCUUCGCUUCGUCCCGGUCUGCAAAGCUUCUCCAACAUGUCGAUUAUCUUCGAGGACAUCCUUGGCGCUACCAGAUCCCAGAGCCCCGAUGACUUUUCGUCACCGUGCAGCCCCCAGAGCUCGCGGGACACCACACCCACAAGCUCGCCACCUCCGUCAUACAGUGGCUCCGUGGAUGGCACAACAAUCAAGACCGAGUCCGACAAGACGGAGACAAAACCCGUAAAGAAGAGAAAGUCAUGGGGCCAACAGCUUCCCACACCGACCACAAACCUCCCUCCUCGUAAGCGAGCAAAGACCGCCGAAGAGAAGGAGCAGAGACGAGUAGAGCGUGUGCUCCGUAACAGGGCCGCCGCUCAGAAGUCAAGGGAAGUCAAGAAGCAACAGUUGGAAGCUAUCGAGCAGGAGCGAGAUGUCCUCAAGCGAGAGAACGAGGUUCUGGCAGCCGAGAACUCGCACUUCCAGAGCAUCGUGUCGCAGAUGCAGGAUCGCUUCCAGCAGAUGCAGGAGGAGAACCGCCGAUUGCGUCUGACUUCCGGAUCCCCCGAACAAGAACAACAACACCAGCCACUCAUGGACGACAAGCCUCUCGACGAGUUCGUCUUCGACACCAACUACGGUCUCGACCCCACCUCUCUCUUCUCCGCCACCGGAACAUCCCAAAACGAGCCAGAAUCCCCCUGUAUGACACAUCAACCUGCCGCGUUGAUGUGUGACCUGCCGUGUCUGCAGGGGAAACCGAUUAUGGCAAUAUCUUCGAUAUUGAUGGGAUGUAUCUGGAUGGCAGCCUCGAUUGUCUCUCGGACGGCGACAGUGGUCUCCCGUCUUCGCCGGAAUCCUCUUCGGCCCUCUCACCUGAGCGACUCCUCGACGAGUUCCUCGACUGCGAACGGGGCGCUUCCCUGGCACAUGACGAGUCUGAUCUGCUGCACGGUUUUGGCGCAUCUACGGAUCGCGACGGAUUGUAGCACGCAGCAGGCUGCGUCUAGUGCCGCGGAGGCUGCUCCGCGAGCGUCGAGUGAUGCUCGCCUGGUUUCCGUCUCUAGUGUUUGUGGUUCGAAGUGGUCAAGGCGGAGUUUGUUGGACGCAACAAAACCCGUUCGGAGCCAUGGGGCGAGAAGGGAAUGGACUGGUAUACGAUCAUGUCUGUUCCGGUAAUUUUGGGUUGGGGGGUCCUCCUUGGUUUUUGUUUUUCACGUGGUGUUUUCGGUGUAUAAAAGGCGUUCUUUCCUCUUUCCUCUCUAGUUGUUUUUCUUUUAUUUCCU